GCGCCGCCGGGAGUGCCGGGGUCUCUGGAGGCACCUCGCCGUCGUCCACGGUUCGCGCGCCAAAUGCGUGCCCGCGAGGAGGCCGCGCAUCCGCGGAACGCUGUGGUGGCCGUGGUGGCCGUGGUGGCCGUGAGGGCCGUGAGGGCCAUGCCGCGCGGUGCCCUCGGAGGGGCCCCCCGGCGCAGCCCCCAGGGAGGGUGAGGCUCUUCCCCGCGUCGCGACGAUGACGCACCAUGACGCGCAAGCUCCCGCCUCUGCUGCCCCUGCUCAAGGUGGCCUUCGUGCUGGUGCUGCUACAUCGCACCGGCGCCAAGUACGAGGAGGGUCACCUGGUGACACCGGAGAACUGGGCCUUCUUGGCGCGCUUCUGCUUCCUGUCGGACGACGGCACCUUCGAGUACCAGAUCGAGUACGAUAAGGAGUACGCCACGCAGAACCUGCUGCUGUACCACGACGUGAGCAGGCAAUGGCCGGCCGUGUACAAGAGCAACAAGACAUGCGAGCAGAAGGAGUCCGUGCUGAGCGUGGCGCAGAACCAGGUGGUGAACCUGACGGAGCUGCGAGCCGACUCGGGAUGCGUGCUGACCACCGUGCCGCCGCUGCCCAAGCAGGGCAACUCGACGACGUCGCCGUCCAGCGCGGCCGGGGCCGGGGCCGGCGGGGCGCCGCGCGGCCGCAAGCAGGCCCCCGUGGUCCGCAGGCACAUCCUCACCUGCCACAGCGUCAGGAGGUUCCGGUCGGCAAGGGAGCGGUGGUGGUUUCUGGCCAUCAGCAACUGCAACGCUACCAAGGGGCUCAACCUGCGCUACCGCUUCUUGAUGACCAACGGGCCGCCGGGGGACUACUGGCACGAGCACUUCUCCGCCGACGAAUUCUAUAUCUUACCGACGCUCAUGUUCUUCUCCAUCUGUUACCUGCUCAUGAUCGUCGCCAUCGUCAUGUGCACGGUGGAACUGCGCUCCCGCCAGCUGCUGCAUGCCACGUACAAGAUCUUCGUGGCCUCCGUGACGCUGCAGGCGCUGGGCGUCAUGUUCCAGAGCAUCUCCUACAUCCGCUAUGCCUUGGACGGGGUGGGCUUUCCCCGGACCAGGCAGCUCGGCCGGUUGCUGGAGGCCGGCAGCGAGACAACGUUCCUGCUCCUCCUCCUCCUGCUGGCCAAGGGCUUUACGGUGACGAGGGGUCGGCUUCGCGUCGGCUCCAGCAUCAAGCUCACCAUCUUCAUGUGCCUCUACGUCGUCACCUACGUGUCGCUCUUCAUUUACGAGAGGGAGUUCUUCGACCCGGGCGAGGUGCUGUACUUGUUCGAGUCGCCGGCGGGCUACGGCCUCAUGGCGCUGCGCAUCGUGGCGUGGUGGAUGUUCGUGUACUCCACCGUGUUCACGCUCAAGCACUACCCCGAGAAGGCCACGUUCUACUACCCGUUCAACCUGCUGGCCACGCUGUGGUUCGUGGCGGGCCCCUGCUUCAUCAUGUCGGCCAACAGUCUCAUCGACAAGUGGGUGCGCGAGAGCGUCGUGUACGCCGUGCUGCACACCAUCGCCUUCCUGGGGCACUUGCAGUUCCUGGUGCUGACGAGGCCGUCCAAGGCCAACAAAAACUUCCCGUUCCACGUCCGCACGACGCAGAUCGCGGUGAUGGAGGCCGUCGGCGUGGCCGGCGCGUCCUCGCUGUACCACUUCGGCCACCACAACUACGCCCCCGGCGGCCCCAAGGUGCCCGUCACGGCGCCGCUCUCGGACUGGAUGCACGAGGUCCCCGUCGGCCUCUUCACCGUCAGCAGGGCCGUCACUGAGCUGCCCCUGGUAGCAGGUAGCGAAUAGUGGGGCAGCAUGCUCGCGUGCGUUGGGUUGCCUACCCACACGGCGCACCGUCUUCCACAGAGAACCACGCCGC